AGCCUCCGAGUCCUGCAUCCGGACUCUCAAUAAGACGCGGCCGUAUAGCCCGCUGCGCUAACAGUUCUGUCAUCUUCUAAGUCACACUCAUUCUCCCCCACCCGUGGUGGCCCGCGCACAAUGACUACCGACAUAACAAACCAGCUAGGAGCUGUCAAGCUUGGAGAGCCGGCAUCAGAGACCUCCUGGAAAGAUGGACUCAAGAUACCUUCCAAAGACGCCCGACCACAGACCGAGGACGUUACCGCGACCAAAGGACUCGAAUUUGAGGAUUUCUACAUCAAGCGCGAACUCAUGAUGGGGAUCUUCGAGGCUGGCUUCGAGAAACCUUCGCCCAUUCAAGAAGAGGCGAUCCCUGUGGCUUUGACUGGACGAGACAUUCUUGCACGAGCGAAGAACGGCACUGGAAAGACUGCCGCCUUCGUCAUACCAACACUCGAGCGCAUCAACCCUAAGAGCACACAGACACAAGCCCUCAUCCUCGUCCCAACCCGAGAGCUGGCGUUACAGACAUCACAAGUGUGCAAGAUGCUAGGCAAACACCUGGGGCUCAAUGUCAUGGUGACUACCGGCGGCACUGGGCUCAAAGAUGAUAUCAUUCGCUUGUCAGAACCUGUUCAUAUCAUCAUUGGAACACCUGGAAGAAUUCUAGAUCUUGCGAGCAAAGGCGUUGCAGUUCUGUCAGGGUGCCAGACGUUCGUUAUGGAUGAAGCGGACAAGCUGUUGUCUCCCGAGUUUACGCCCGUCAUCGAACAACUCCUAGCGUUCCAUCCGAAAGACCGACAAGUCAUGCUCUUUAGUGCUACAUUUCCAAUCGUGGUCAAGCAUUUCAAGGAUAAACACAUGAACUCGCCGUACGAGAUCAACUUGAUGGACGAACUCACCCUCCGCGGUAUUACCCAGUACUAUGCCUUUGUUGAGGAAAAGCAGAAAGUGCACUGCCUCAACACACUGUUCAACAAGCUUCAGAUCAACCAGUCCAUUAUCUUCUGCAACUCAACCAAUCGGGUCGAACUCCUCGCGAAGAAGAUCACCGAACUCGGCUACUCAUGCUUCUACUCCCACGCCCGUAUGCUUCAACACAACCGCAACCGCGUUUUCCACGACUUCAGGAACGGUGUUUGCCGCAAUCUCGUCUGUUCGGAUCUACUCACUCGUGGUAUCGAUAUUCAGGCAGUUAAUGUGGUCAUCAAUUUCGAUUUCCCAAAGAAUGCUGAAACUUAUCUCCAUCGUAUUGGUCGUUCUGGUAGAUUUGGACAUUUGGGCUUGGCUAUCAACUUGAUCAACUGGGACGAUCGCUUCAAUCUUUACCGCAUCGAACAGGAGCUAGGAACCGAGAUUCAACCUAUCCCUCAGACUAUCGAGAAGAAGCUCUAUGUCUACGAGUCCCCCGAGAACAUCCCACGCCCGAUCUCCAACCCUCCUGUCCAGCGAACCCAAGGCGCGGGUCAAGCCCAAGAACAGGACGAGGGAAAUGUUGCUCGCUCCAACUCUCAGGCCAGUAGUAGGCAAAACUUCCAGCGGAAUCAGCGAGGUGGCGCGCAGUUCCAAGGCCAGCGUAGAGGACCUCCAUCCAACCUACAGAACCGCCAGAAUGGCAACAAUGCCCAACGUAACGCCCGUCCUCCACCAGCCGCGCCGGCAUAGGAACUUUCGAAGCCUUCAUGUUUCGUUUCCCGGUUUGCCUGAGCAGUUUUCGUCGACCUCCCUUUUGGGUCCCUCUUUUGAAAAUCUGGCGCGAUCUCUCUUUGCUCAGUAACCUGGAGACUUGUUCUUGGUACCGUUCUCAGCUUGAACAUAUUUGCGGUUUUCCUAUUUUCCUUCUUCAUGAUUACGGGAGCGGGUUCGACGAU